GUUGCGGGAAUUCCACGUCGUGGGGCGUAAAUAUCCCACAGACAAGGAGCCAACCCCUGCACUCUACAAGAUGAGGAUAUUUGCUCCUAAUGCCAUUAUUGCAAAGUCCCGGUUUUGGUAUUUCACCAACAAGUUGAAGAAGCUGAAGAAAUCACAGGGUGAAGUUGUUGGCUGCAGUAAGAUUUCUGAGAAGCGACCAGGAACCAUUAAGAAUUUUGGAAUCUGGCUGCGUUACGAUUCACGUAGUGGAACCCACAACAUGUACCGCGAGUAUCGUGAUUUGACAACUGCCAGUGCCGUUACUCAAUGCUAUCGUGAUAUGGGAGCUCGUCAUCGCGCAAGGUCUCAUUCAAUACAGAUAAUGAGAGUGCAGCAGAUCCCUGCUAGCAAGUGCCGCAGAGCCCACGUCAAGCAGUUCCAUAAUUCCAAGAUCAAGUUCCCACUUCCUCACCGUACCAUGCGUACAUACAGGCCUGUGUUUACCACCAAGAGACCUAACACAUUCUUCUAAACAGGACAGCCUUUGGUGUUACAUUAUAAGGAAGAAAUACAUUACAUUUAUUUUGCCAAAAAGAAUGGAAAUAAAUUAAUUACAUUGAGGCAACAAU